AUGUGGUGGAUAUCACAAAAUCAGUUAUUUAAUUGUGUUAAUUCAAUCACGGGUGUUUUUACACAAAAUAUUGAAUCUUGUUUGUCUCAGGCAAAGUUAAAAUUGAAUAAUAUGAGAGGUAUAAGAAGAAAUCAGCUUGACCUUUUUUUAAAGUAA